CAUAUACAUUGACAUUAUAACUAACAACUUUUCUUAUAAUUUACAAGUUUGUACCUCAGUACUGAUCAAGUCAUUUCAUUUGCUCUUAAAUAUGUGAUAAAUUACUUAUUAAAAACAAAAAUGAACGAGAAAUGUGGAAUAUAUUCAACAAAAUGUCUUUUUCCACCAAUCUAAAAUAUUUAGAAUGCCUACGCUGGUCGUACACGGUUCCAAUAUUGUGUUACAUGGCAUUUUUAUUCAUGAUAUGGAUGCUUGCAGUACCGUUGAAACAAAACAUCAAAAUAGUAAAGGAAUUGAACGUGGAUUCUGAGGAUACUUUCGAAAUCAGAAUAAAGAAUAGUAAUUUUAAUACUGAUAAAAAACCGGAAGAAGAAAUUGAACAAAAAAAUGAGUAUUUAGUUAAUGUCGAUGAUGAGGAGUAUUUGAACAAGGACAGCACUCGUAUACUUAUGGAGGUUUUUGAAAAGGCUGAUAAAAAUAAUAAUAAGAAACUAGACAACAAAGAACUAGCACAAUGGAUAAGGCACAAAAUUGUCGAGCACAUUACAUCCGCUGUUGGUAGUAAUUACGAACUUUUCAAUUUGAUCGACAUCAAUCCAAGAAACGGUGUCAUAACGUGGAAGGAAUACCAUACGUAUUUUCUAAAGAAAAGGGGAUUUAGUGAUAAAUAUGUCGGCGAUCAUGAUGAAAGAAGGCACAAAGGAAUGCAACGAUCGCUUAAAGAAAAAAUAAUGAGAGACAAAGCUUCGUGGAUGGAAGCAGCAAAGUCAAAUCCGGAUUCUUUGACUUUGGAUGAAUUUUUGGCAUUUACUCAUCCGGAAUCUAGUAUUACUAACCAAUUGGUACUAGUGGAUGAACUUUUUGACAAAUUCGAUAGGGACGGCGAUGAAUUGUUGACAGAAAACGAGUUUGCCAUCCUACAAACUGAAGGCAACGGAGACGAAACUUUAAUCGUCCGCCAAGACGAAAACGAACGCCGAGCGGAAUUUAGGAAAACCAUCGAUCUAAACGGAGAUGGCAAAGCGGAUAGAAGGGAAUUAUUGCACUACGUAGCCCCGCAAAGCCCCAGACAUAGCGAGCACGAAGCCGAAGCACUUCUAUCUCUAGCCGAUAACGACCACGACGGUAUGCUAUCGCUGGACGAAAUACUAGCACAUCCGGAUUUGUUUUUGAAAUCUAAAAUGGUCGAUACCGCCAGAAGUUUCCACGAUGAAUUUUGAACGAUGGAAUUGAGUUUUUCGUAUUUUUAUUUUUGUAAAAUGUUCUAUAAAAUAUAAAAGUUGUACUGUUCUUUUCUUUCUUUAUUGUGACGCGGAGCCGUCUCUGUACUUUGUUUACUCCU